UAAGUAAAACUUUUCAAAGCUGUCAAAGACAUCUGAGAGGUUUUAACUAUAAUGUUUAAGUGAAAUCGGACAUCUCUUCGACUUUUAACAUCUGUCUUGACACAUUUUGACUCUAUGCACCUUUAUUGUAAACUACCAGGAUCUGUAGCUGUUGUUUCCCUCUAAAGUCACUGCCUACCACCCCAGGUUGUACUAACCAUUUUUGGCCACUUCCCACUGUUCAUUGUCUAAAGUGCAUUCAUUUAAUCAGCCACGGCAGUUUUACAAGCCUUAUCUCCAAAGUUGCUCUGGCCAUAAAUGUCCGAGGAUGGAUGUUCGUUCAGGCAGAGGAACUGUCCAAGGUGCUGCAUUCAGCCCCUCCCCGGUAGACAUCACACAGGGCCACGUGAUCUGCUCUGUCUGAGGCUCCUGACAGUCGCUGGAUAAGCUCAACAGGGAAACCAGAUUGCACCGUUCCUCCGCGAAUAUCACUGGAUUUUCAGCGCGCUCCACCUGCCAGCGGUUUUAUCUUUAUUCCCUUUUCUAACUGCUUUGUGACCGGGAUGAAACUCUAAAGACGUACUAAAGUAUUAAAGCGAUAGAACGAAAGAGAGAGAGAGCUUUGGGAGAGAGGACUGCUUUUACAGACAGAAAGCAUCUUUUGCUGAGCUUAUCAUCAGUCAGGCUCCAUAUGUCUUUUUUAUUGCCUCUGAGGAUGCAGGGUGAAAAGCCCCGAGCAAGUCUUCCUGAAGAAUGUUGGCAGGAGUGUGAAGAUUAGAGCUGCCAUUUCAUCUUAUGUGAAAUUCCGUGCACUCUAACAGGCACCAGAAGGAACUGUUUCAUAAUUACACAAAUUAGAGCAAGUGUGCCUGAUAGCUAUUUGAGUCCUUGUCUCUCUCUGCUGUAAAUAGCCAUGGCUUCAAGGACCCUUAAAAUAUUUAAACCAUUUUGGCAUAAACAGUGAGAGGUUUUCCCAGUGGCCUGUACAGAAGUUUAUGGUAUUUAAUUGGGGGAAUAAAUGUUGGCCAAACCCAUUACUAUGCAAAUAUAUUACACCAUAUAACCCUUUUGUCUUAAAAUGCAUCAGUUUACACAUGUUUAUGCCUGUGGACAGUCAGUUGUAAACCAGUUUGCCCUCUCACUGUCUCUCCACUGUGUUUGCUGCUUAAGCAAAGGCUCCUACAAGUAAACUUGGCCUGAGGAUUCCCAUUUAUAUACACAGAAUUCUUGAUCACAUGAUGGUUUUACCAAAGCCACGUGGUGCCCAUAUUUUAUGGGUUGGGCUGUUAUUGUGUUGCUCUGUAGAAAUAGGCACGUCUUUAGAGUUCACAGGAGCCGAGGGUCAGUGGGCUAGAUUUCCAGUGUGGAAUGCAUGUUGCGAAAGUGAAAUGGGCUUCAAUAUGAAAACGAAAAGUUCCCACGGACUGCUGGUGUACUUCGAUGAUGAGGGGUUCUGUGACUUUUUAGAACUUCUCAUACUGAAUGGUAAACUCAGUCUUCGAUUCUCCAUCUUCUGUGCCGAGCCUGCGACAGUCCUGUCAGACACGGCGGUCAACGACAGCCAGUGGCACGCAGUCAAAAUAAGGAGAAACUUCAAGAACACAACCCUAAUUGUGGACAAUGAGAUAAAGUGGGUGGAGGUGAAGUCAAAAAGACGGGAUAUGACUGUUUUCACCCCUCUGUUUGUUGGUGGAAUACCGCCGGAGUUACGAUCCGUGGCUCUUCGACUGACAUCUGCUGUUGUUAAGGAUCAGUUGCCGUUCACUGGAUGGAUAACGGACAUAAAGGUCAACAACACGGAGCCUGUAAUGAUCGAGAGUGAAGGGGUCUUAAAGGACCUCUGCGGUAUGGCCAACAUGUGCCUGAAUGGAGGAGUCUGCAGUUUAAUCGACAACCAACCGACUUGUGACUGCUCCCAGACGGGUUUCCAAGGAAAGAACUGCAGUGAAGAAGACGACCAAGAAGGUCCGGCACACCUGAUGAUGGGCGACCAAGGGCAGAGAGGGGAAACGUGGCUCCUAAGGUCCCUGCUGAACAUGCCAGGAAAAGAAGAAUAUGUGGCAACCUUCAAAGGAUCUGAGUUCUUCUGCUAUGACUUGUCCUUGCACCCCAUUCAGAGCAGCAGCGAUGAAAUCACAUUGUCAUUCAAAACCUUGCAGAGGAAUGGACUGAUGCUGCACACGGGCAAAUCAGCUGACUACGUCAACCUGGCGCUGAAAAACGGGGCUGUCUCUCUCGUCAUUAAUUUGGGGUCUGGAGCCUUUGAAGCUCUUGUGGAGCCAGUCAAUGGGAAAUUUAAUGACAAUGAUUGGCAUGAUGUCAAAGUAACACGGAAUCUACGUCAGCACUCAGGCAUUGGACACGCUAUGGUAACAAUAUCCGUCGAUGGGAUUCUGACCACCACGGGUUACACACAGGAAGACUACACCAUGCUAGGCUCUGACGACUUCUUCUAUGUUGGAGGAAGUCCUAGUACAGCUGACCUGCCCGGAUCUCCUGUUAGCAACAACUUCAUGGGCUGCCUUAAGGAGGUUGUGUAUAAGAAUAAUGAUGUGAGACUGGAGCUGUCCAGGCUGGCCAGACAAGGGGAUCCCAAGAUGAAGGUCCACGGUACCGUGGCCUUUAAGUGUGAGAAUGUAGCAACACUGGACCCCAUUACUUUUGAGACGCCAGAGUCCUAUAUUGUUCUUAGUAAAUGGAAUGCCAAGAAGACGGGCUCCAUUUCCUUUGAUUUUCGAACCACAGAACCCAAUGGUCUGCUUCUGUUUAGUCAUGGAAAACCCAAGCAGCAGGCAAAGGAUCCCAAGAAUCCCCAAACUCUCAAGGUGGACUUUUUUGCCAUUGAGAUGCUGGACGGGCAUCUGUACCUGUUGUUGGACAUGGGCUCAGGAACCACAAAGACCAGGGCGGUGAAUAAGAAAGUGAAUGACGGGGAGUGGUACCAUGUAGACUUCCAGCGAGACGGCAGAUCAGGUACCAUCUCUAUCAACACACUCCGUACUGCCUACACAGCACCCGGAGAUAAUGAGAUCCUGGACCUGGACGACAGUCUGUACCUUGGGGGUCUACCAGAGAACAAAAUGGGGCUGGUGUUCCCCACAGAAGUGUGGACAGCGCUUCUCAACUAUGGUUACGUGGGCUGCAUCAGGGAUCUGUUCAUCGAUGGACAGAGUAAGAACGUGAGGCGCCUGGCUGAGUUUCAGAAGGCUGCUGGGGUGAAGCCCUCCUGCUCUAAGGAGCCUCCAAAACAGUGUCUGAGCAACCCAUGUCAAAACAACGGUGUCUGCAGAGAGGGUUGGAACCGUUAUGUGUGUGAUUGCUCCGGCACUGGGUUCCUGGGACGGUCCUGUGAAAGAGAAGCCACAAUCCUCAGCUAUGAUGGCAGCAAGUUUAUGAAGGUACAGCUGCCUGUGGUGAUGCGCACAGAAGCCGAGGACGUGUCUCUGCGUUUCCGCUCCCAGCGAGCCUACGGCAUACUAAUAGCCACCACGUCCCGCGACUCGGCUGACAGUCUGCGACUGGAGCUGGAGAGUAGUCGUGUCCGCCUGACUGUCAAUUUAGAUUGUAUCAGGAUUAACUGUACCUCCAGCAAAGGCCCAGAGACUAUUUUUGCUGGUCAGAAUCUGAACGAUAAUGAGUGGCACACGGUGCGUGUGUUCAGAAGAGGCAAGAGUUUGAAACUGAUGGUAGAUGAUCUGCCACCUGUAGAAGGUCAAAUGGCAGGUGACCACACCCAGCUGGAAUUUCACAACAUUGAGACGGGCAUCGUGACAGAGAAGCGCUUCCUCUCCAUCGUACCGUCCAACUUCAUCGGCCACCUGCAGAGCCUCUCCUUCAACGGCAUGCCCUACAUUGACCUGUGCAAAAACGGCGACAUCGACUACUGCGAACUCAACGCCAUGAUUGGCUUCAAGAACAUCAUUGCUGACCCCAUCACUUUCAAGUCGCGCUCCAGCUACGUGACCCUCACCACCCUGCAGGCCUACUACUCCAUGUACCUUUUCUUUCAGUUCAAAACCACCUCCUCAGAUGGUCUCAUCCUCUACAACAGUGGUGAUGGGAAUGACUUUAUUGUAGUGGAGCUGGUCAAAGGUUACCUACACUAUGUGUCCGACCUGGGCAAUGGCGCACACCUGAUCAAAGGUAACUCCAACAAACCACUGAACGACAAUCACUGGCACAACGUCGUCAUCUCCAGGGACACCAACAACCUCCACACUGUCAAGAUCGACACCAAGGUCACCACGCAAACAACCACAGGAGCUAAAAACCUGGAUCUGAAGGGUAAUUUCUACAUUGGUGGAGUGUCAAAGGAGUUGUUCAAGCAGCUGCCAAAGCUGGUUCAUGCCAAGGAGGGAUUCCAGGGUUGCCUGGCAUCAGUUGAUCUGAAUGGCCGGCUGCCAGACUUGAUGUCUGAUGCUCUGGACUGUGUGGGGCAGAUAGAGAGGGGAUGUGAAGGCCCCAGCACGACGUGCCAGGAGGACUCUUGUGCCAACCAGGGAGUGUGUCUUCAGCAGUGGGAGGGCUUCAGUUGUGACUGCAGCAUGACAACAUUCGGGGGUCCAUUGUGUUAUGACGCUGGAACAACCUACAUAUUUGGACGAGACGGUGGGCUGAUCACAUACACCUGGCCGCCAAAUGACCGUCCCAGCACAAGGGCAGACCGGCUAGCCAUUGGUUUCAGCACGCACCUAAAAGAUGCUGUCCUGGUGAGGGUGGACAGCUCCUCUGGCCUGGGGGAUUUCCUGAAGCUCCACAUUGACAAAGGAAACAUUGCUGUUGUGUUUAAUGUGGGAACUGAUGACAUUAAUAUUGAGGAGACGGCAAAGUUUGUAAAUGAUGGGAAGUACCAUAUAGUGAAGUUUACGCGGAGUGGGGGUAAUGCCACUCUGCAGGUGGAUGACCUGCCAGUCAUUGAGCGCUACCCCACAGGCAACAAUGAUAACGAACGCCUGGCGAUUGCUAGACAGCGAAUCCCAUACCGACUUGGUCGAGUAGUUGACGAAUGGCUACUCGACAAAGGGCGGCAGCUCACAAUCUUCAACAGUCAAACCACUAUUCACAUUGGAGGCUGGGAGCGAGACCGGAGUCGAUCCUUUCAGGGCCAGCUCUCUGGCCUCUACUAUAACGGCCUGAAGGUGUUCAACAUGGCUGCUGAGGGGGAUCCUAACAUAAAGAUCCAGGGCAGCGUGCGGCUCGUUGGUGAGUCACCCUCCUCUAUAACACCGCAGUCGAGCACCACGGCCAACCGCUCGGAGACAUCCACGUCCAUCAUGGAAAUCACCACAACCACGGCCUCCAGCAGGAGGGUGAAGCAGACGACGCCUCGAGAGCCUCAGCAGACAACUGAUGACCUGCUGGUGGCAUCUGCCGAGUGUCCAAGCGAUGAUGAGGACAUUGAACCCUGUGAGCCGAGCUCAGGUGGGUUAGCUAAUCCCACUGGCUCCGGACCAAAGGGUUUUCCGGGCACGUCAGAGGUUUUCAGGGAAUCCAGCAGCACAACAGGGAUGGUGGUCGGCAUCGUAGCAGCAGCAGCACUGUGCAUUUUGAUCCUGCUCUAUGCCAUGUACAAAUACCGCAACAGGGACGAAGGCUCCUACCACGUGGACGAGACUCGCAACUACAUUAGCAACUCGGCGCAGUCCAACGGCACCAUUGUCAAAGAGAAACCAGUCAACACCGCAAAGACGUCCGGCAAGAACAAGAAGAACAAGGACAAGGAGUACUACGUGUAAUGGUCCACACCUUGGUCUUCACCAGACCGCUUUGAACUCCCUUUGGACAACGACAAAUCAGGACAUAAACACGUGUACAGUAUAAUAACAAAGGCAAGCACUACGAAGUAACUUUUCCAAAAAACAAUCACUACUAAAGUAAUUAUAAAAAAAUAUUUGAGAGAAAUAGAAAUAGAAAGAAAUAGAAAGAGACUAAUACACUGGAGAUGGAGAAUGGUCGAACUCAGACUCAAUAUGAAAUGGAUGGAAAACAUAUCUGAUAUGUCAACAAAAUGACAUUAAUGCAGCAGUGACUCGGGAUAACACGAUAUAAAAUCCCAUGUUUCUGAUAAACGGAGGAGCACAGAUGCACCUUGUCGAGAAAGGUAAAGCAUUUCAGACCAGACAUUUUCAUUAACAUUGCCUGUGUUUGUGUUGCUGGAACUUUUUCCAGGGAAAAUGACACGAUGCAUCAAUAAAACAUACAUAAACACGCCAAAUAUUUAAAGCUGGGGACAAAGGAGGGAAGAACGGGCAGUGGUGAAGACAAAGAGAUGAAAAUAAACGACAGAAAUUUUUGCAGAAUCAGCCAAAGCACCUACUGAGGAGGACAGUAUGGCCAAUGUUUGGAGAAGAGAUUGGACGUCAGUUUCUCUUGGAAAACUCAAUUAAUUCUGUCCAAUGUGCCAGUAUCAAAUCUGGAGGCCUUGGUUUUCACAUCACGUGACCUUUAGAGGAGUGAGUGUCCUCAGAGUGCUGAGGAAAGGAGUGGCUAACGUCAUCAUUUUGGAGCCAUGCACGCAGAGUUAUCUAAUUACAGUACAUAUGUUUAUAUACAGUACAACCACAUCUAUAUGUGCUUUCUGGACUGUGACAAAGUGGUGUUUUAUAGCCUGUUGUAUAGAAGAUGCAAACUAUAACUGCUCCAUUUUUGGAAUAAAACAAAGAAAAAAAACAUGGACAAAAAGAAGACAUAAGUGUUAUUAAAUGUUGCUAGUCAUAAACUUUUACAAAGAUGUUUGUUUUUCUUCAGUUGAAUAACGACUUCAGUUGCUUCUCUUUUUAUAUGUGUUUCUUUAUGGGGGUUUUUUUUAUAUACAAAUGUCAAAGAUGAACAAACCUGGACCAGUCAUAGCUUAACCAUUCCCUGAAUGUGCUGAAGGCAUCACAAGUCAGUGACAUUAUAAUUUGCUUUGCAUAAGUCCGCUGAGGAUGCUGGUAGAAUCACUGCCUUCUUCCUGAGUCCCCAAUGUGUGCAAGCAAGGAAAUACGUGAUUUAAGCAACAAUAGUUGGUGACAAUGAUGGAGAAUAUAGAUGAAGUCGCCAUGUGUGUUAAAUGCAUUGUAAGAUUGUCAAACGUGUGCUUCGGCUAAAACAAAACCAGGGGAGAGAGAUGUUCAAAAUCAUCUCCACUUCUGCCGCUCUGUGUUUGUUCCUUCACUCUGUCCAUCACUUCUGCUUCUCUCAGCAAGAGAAACAUGACUUGAAC